AUGUUCGCUCGCCAGACUUUCCGCUGUGCGCAGCCCCUGAAGCAGAGCUUCCGCAAGUACUCCGCUGAGGCUGCCCCGAAGAAGGCCAACCUUACCCCCGUAUACGUCGCCGUUGGCCUGGCCGGUGCCGGUGCGGGCUUUUACCGUUACAACUCGGGCGCUGCUACUAUCGACCUCAAGGACCGCCCCAAGGUCUUCAACGGCGAGGAGUGGGUUGACCUCAAGCUUGCCAGCGUUGAGACUCUGAGCCACAACACCAAGAAGCUCCGCUUCGAGUUCGACGACAAGGAGGCUGUCUCUGGUCUUCCAGUUGCCUCUGCUCUGCUGGCCCGCUUCAAGCCCGAGGGCAAGGAGAAGAACGUUCUCCGCCCUUAUACCCCUACCAGUGAUGAGGAUGCCCCCGGCUACCUGGAGCUGGUUGUCAAGGCCUACCCCGGCGGCCCCAUGUCCGAGCAUAUCCACUCCCUGGCCGUGAACGACCGCUUGUCGCUCAAGGGCCCGCUCCCCAAGUACCCCUGGGAGGCUAACAAGCACGAUCACAUUUGUCUGAUUGCGGGCGGCACUGGUAUCACCCCGAUGUACCAGCUGGCCCGCCAGAUCUUCAAGAACCCCGAGGACCGCACCAAGGUGACGCUGGUGUUCGGCAACGUCAGCGAGGAGGAUAUCCUACUCAAAAAGGAGCUGAACGAGCUCGAGAACACCUACCCCCAGCGCUUCCGCGCCUUCUACGUGCUGGACAACCCGCCCGCGGGCUGGACCGGCGGCAAGGGAUUCAUCACCAAGGAGCUGCUGAAGACCGUCCUGCCCGAGCCCAAGGAAGAGAACAUCAAACUGUUCGUCUGCGGCCCGCCCGGUAUGUACAAGGCUAUCAGCGGUGGCAAGGUCAGCCCCAAGGACCAGGGCGAGCUUUCUGGUGUCCUGCAAGAGCUGGGCUACAACAAGGACCAGGUCUUCAAGUUUUAG